AUUCUCUAUAAAGGGCGACUAGAAAAGGAAACGUUCUUGAAUUCGAGGAUCGACGGUUCUCGCAACUGGCCACGUGAUUCGUAGUCCCGCAGUUUAACCGAAUCGUAUCUGUUAUUAUCAUCGUUAUCACCAUCAUGACGCAAAGAAACGAAGGGACGGCGUUGAGCAUGCAGGAACGCUCGGAUCUGCUGUACGACCGCCGUACCAACGGAUACACGUACAAGCAACUCGAGACUAAAUACGGCGUGGACCUGAGAACAAUCCAAGAGAUACUGAAACAUGGCAGCGGCAUUCACGGCUUUCCAGAUGAGCUCGAGCUUAAGCGGCAACGAUUGCUGGUGGCGGAGGAAUACGAACGCAUCGACAUACAUCUGUACGCGUGGUAUCUGCAAAGAAGAUCGAUCUCCGCCAAUGUAACCGACGAUGAGCUGCUCGAUAAGGCGGCGCUACUGAAGGACAACAUGUUGCCGAACUUGAGGGGCGAAGUAAGUCGUACUUGGUACGCGGACUUCAAGAGACGUCACGGCAUACAUUUGUCGGGCACGAACGAGGAGGGACAUCGCGACGCGGCGGCGGAGUUUAUACUCGAUUUUAAGAGAAUAAUCGAGAUGGAACGGAUCGGUUUGGAGAAUGUUUACAGCAUGGGCGAGACCGGGCUUCUGUGGAAGGCGCUCCCUACGAGAGCGCCGAGGGAGGAAGAGAUGAAAGAUCGAAUUACAGUCGGCCUCUGUUCGAAUGCUUUGGCCACGCACAAGCUCAUGCCUAUUGUAAUUUAUAAGUACCGAAAUCCGAGAGCCUUGAGACAGGAUCAUUUGUUGCCUGUGAUAUUUAAAUCGCAGCCGAACGCGCGCAUGGACAAGACAUUGUUCUACGAUUGGUUCGAGAACCAUUUCAAGCCGUCCGUGAGAAGAUACCAGGCGGAGAAAGAAGCGUCCGGAAAAGUAAUUCUGUUGGUGGACAAUUCGGAGGCUCAUAACAUUGAUCUGCCACGCGACAACGAUUUUCAAAUUGUCUACGCGCCGACCGUUGCGGCGUCUGUUCUUCAACCGUUUGACCAUGGAAUCCUGGAGAAAAUGAAACGAAUUUUCCGUCGCAAGCUGUUGCAACGUGCUUUAAGACAUGACGAAGGGAUCAACAGAUUUUAUACCAAUUACACGUUGCGCAACUGCAUCGACAUCUUGUCGUAUUCCUGGUUGGAAGUUACGGGGGGCGAUAUUAAGAAUGCAUGGUAUAAUUUUGUUAAUUACGAUGCCACUUCCGUUUCGUACGCGAUAGAUCUGGAAACCGAUUGGCCGGUCAUGCUGAGCGCGAUCAGAGGAGAAGAAUGCACCGACAUUCACGUGAUGCAGUAUUUGCUGGACUGCGAGACGGAAGAGAAAAACGACGAUGAAGUCGAAGACACGAGUGAAUCGCAAGAAGAGGCAGAAGAAGAGCCGCAAGAUGAGCCGCAAGAUGAACAGCGAGGUGUAAUGUAUACUCAACCGGGGAACAAGGAGUUACGUGCUCUCAUCGAGGGAUUGGCAUGUUUUACCGUAACUGCGCCUCUUUAUAUUAAAUAUCUCGUGCAGUCGUUAAUAUCGUAUAUCUUGAGCAGGGAGGACUCGGAUGAGUAAGUAUAUACGACGUAAUCGUACGGUGGAAAUAGAAGAGGACUAUCAACUUUCCCCGGGACGAUACCAAGACGACGAUACUUAUCUAAUUAUGCACCGCGUCGUCGCGAAUUUUUAACGUACAAUUAUUAUUAAUAUCGACGCCAAUAUAUUUUUGAUCUGUAAUCUAAUAACAAUGAAUAAAGUCAAAUGAAUUUCCCAUUAA